ACAAACGCACGACAUCUUUCGUCAAUGUUGACCAUUUACUGUAACUCAUCGAAUGCAAUUAUUACUGCAAAUUUGAAAAGUGUUUAUUCUUCUACAUAAAAUUGUUUUGAUUCUCCUCAUCAGAGAGAAAGAGGAAUUACCUUCUGAACUAAUAAGAAGUAUUAGGGAAAGUGCAUCCAAUUAAUAGUAAGUAGAUGUUGGAACAGGAAUCAAAGUCAUAUUGGGGAAGCCUGCAAUUUAUCAGGAAUAGAAAUGUCAGACAGGAGGUAUUUUCUAACUACACUCCAAAUGUUAACAGUGCAGUGGUAAACCACGCCUAUUAGAGAAAAGAUUAUAAACUUGUAAGCACCAUCUAGACCCUAGCCUGUCCACAGCUAGUUAGGAAAGUGAAUAAUAAUUCAGGAUAUCAACUUUGAUGCCACUGCAGGGCUGACAAAUUACAGAAGUUCUUGCAUGCUCUGUUUCUGAAAUCCUUCUUGCACUUUAAUUAUUGUACCAAGAUACUAAUGAUAAAACUGCAAAUUGCAAAAUUGUGUCAUGUAACGGUUAAAGGACAUCUACCGCAGUGAAAAGUAAGCCCAGUAUUUCGCAAAUGCUAUUGCUGAACAGCUUCGUGUAAAGACCAACAAGAUGCAUUCGGUUCUGUGUGAGAGUAGCACCGACACAUGAACAAUAGAUGAAGAUAUUGUGACAGUCCGAAAUGUUAGUUACACUACCGUCCUUUAAAACAGAGUGACGGGAAAAGCUAUGCGAUGCGUUCUUAGGUUGCCUCGACGAACAAUCUGCCGACUGAAAGAAGACGCUGCUGUCGUUCGGAGCGGACGGUACUCCAGUUAACAUGCAACAAUGAAGCAGCAACCCAGCUUCGAGAUGUUGUACUACAUCUUGUGGCCGCGCACGUUCAUGUCAUGUACAAAAGCUUGAGACAGCAAUUAAGUUAAGAGUGCAGCUAGGUCAUGCUUUCUUAUGACUGUCGUAGCAUUCAAAAUGUAUAAUAAAUCUUCUUUGAGUUAGGCAGGUCUUUAGAAACAGGUUGUGUGUCGCAACUCUAAACGUCAAUAUUGCAUCUCUAUCAAUCAAGUCAAUCAAAUAUGUCUCAAAAUACAUCAACAAGAGGUCGGGCAAAGUAGUCUUCAACUUAAAGGAAACAGAAAGAGCUGAGAACAAACAGUAACAAACCGGACGCUCCACUUUAUCUCUGGAAUUUCCACUUUAUCUCUGGAAUGUACAAUGAAUUGUGUCUCAUGCCCAGAGCAGUCACGAGAAUGGAACUCGACGAUCAGUUAAGAAUACCACCCCUCACUGGAAAAGUGGUGCUCCAAGAAGUCAUCUAGAGAAAUGUCUACCUCAACGUAUAAGGUUUCAAAUACAUUCAAAUCUAUUGCCAAACAAUAAAUUUCAAGAUUUGAAUUGUGUAUCAACAAUAUUACGCACGCUUUGGGAAGAAAAGGGAGGAGCUUCAGGAAAGCUAGGGUUAAUACGCUCGUAAAGCUGUUGACAAUGAACAACCCUAACGAAUAUUUCGGAGACCAUAACAGCAGUAAUCACCAGUAUUUACAGUUGGGGUCAUACCAGAAAUACGGCAGUAUUCGCUAAAACCAAGGUCGAUUUCACUGAAGUGUCCCAGACAUAAUUCACCGGAAUAACGUCGAAACUUCUACGUGAUCAACAUCGUGAAUUGAACUGUAAGUGUUUUACGCCUAUUUCACGGAUAAGUACGAAAGUGUUCAUUUCGUUCACUGACUGAACCCUUUCUCUUAGGUCUACCCAUGAGCGAGCCGUUCAGAAUUUUCACUCAGCCGUAGAGAAAUCAGCUGGUCAGCGUAAUUAUUUGAAGAUGCACUAAAAAUACAAGUUAUUACAAUGUUUUACUAUUUCAUGGCCUGAAAAUUGGACCACUGUUUAAUUAAGCAAGGAAAGUACGACGAAGAACUCGUGAACGCUACGAAAGCUGUGACUGUGACGGCCAAGAAGUAGAAAAAGACAAUCAGUCUCAAGCAGAAAGAAAGAGUAAGGAGUAAGAAGCUAUUGCAUUAGCAUAUUGGCUAAAUAAUGAGCAUCAGCCGUUGUGUGGAUUCGACGGACAACUUGUGUUGAAUUCAGAUUAAAAUAAAGAUUUUGCCCCCUUGAAACUGUUGGACAGCAGUGCACAUAAUCAAUUCGGUGAACGGGACCUCUUUCUUUAUGAAAAAGGAAUUGUAUAAAAACGGUUAAAAUUAAUGUACGGAACACAUGUUUGCUUGCAGUCCACCAUGAGUGGGCAAGGUGGUAGCUGGUGUACGCAUAUCGCAAACAAAGGAUUAGCUUAGUGUUAGCGUUAGAGUUAGCGCACCCGUUCAGUCUGAUACAGCAGCUAUACCUGAUGCACGUACAAAGCCUAAAAGAGAAGGGUUGCAAGAAACAGCAAACGAAGCUGAUGCACCUGAGCAGUGCUGCCAGAAAGAAAGCUGUAGCUGGCAGUACAAGCUGAUGCAGUCGAAAGUGUACAAGAGACUGUGCUGCUAUAGAGACCGUGUAUCUUAGAAACAAAGCAGCAACAGCAACAGCAACAGCAACAGCAACAGCAACAGCAACAGCAACAGCAACAGCAACAGUAGCACCACGAACUGCACCAACUGCAGGACGAACAGCAGUAGCAGGAACGGUACUAAGCACGAAUGUCGGCAGCACCUGCAUGGAUGGCAGCACAAUCACAUAUUGCAGCAACAGCAACACCAGCAGGAAUAAUAGCAGCAACAGCAACGGCAACACUGCUACUGUUGUAUUAUUUAGUUGGGUAAGCACUGACUAAUUCAGUAUCGUUUGUUGUAUUCAACUAACACAAUUGUCCAACAUCAUCUUCGCGAUAGCGUAUUUCGUAUGUGAUGGGCUCAUAGUACAGUCAACCUUACAUUUAGCGACAUUGGGUUUAGCGACACAUUGGUAUUAACGACCGAAACGUUUUACCCUAUCAAGAAGGUAGUACAAAAUAUGUCUUCCUACCUCGGGUUUAGCGACAGCGGAUAUAGUGACAAAUUGCAUUUACCGACCUGUCUAAACUGUCCGGUGUAGUACUACUUUCCUCGUUUAUACCGACCAAUGUAAAUUUUGUAACGCAUGCGCCGAUCACGUGUCUUGAGCAUGGCUUCCAGAAAGCGAAAACGGCUGUCAUUCUCAGAAAAAUACGCGAUUUUGGCCGAACUCGACUCCGGCGUGUCACGGAAUGCGUUGGAAAAGAAGUACGACGUCCCUCACGGUACUUUAGCUGGCAUCAUCAAAGACAGGCGUCGAAUAGAAGAAGUAGUUGCCAGCGGAACGAGCCUAGCUGCUAAGAGUUCAAAGUUAUCGAGAUAUUCUCAGAUCGACGCUGCUCUGCUUGAGUGGUUUCGUCGAAUUAGGGCCAAUUGUCCAGAAACUCCGAUAACUUGUCUGGAGAUUCUAACGAAGGCAACCGCAAUAGGAAAAGAGCUGAAAAGAAGAGAAGUUGCUGCUUACGAGUCGUUUGACGAAAAUUGCCUCGAUCUCAAUUGGGUGGAUCGCUGGAAGAAGAGGAAUGCGAUAGCAUCAAAGAAAAUGCACGGCGAAAGUCAAUCAGCUGACAAAAAUGCUGCAGCUGAUUGGGUUCAAAAUCAGCUGGAAUUGAUUCGACAAGAAUUCUCUGAUGACAACAUCUUUAAUGCAGAUGAAACUGCGCUAUUUUGGAAACUCAUGCCUGAUAGAACCCUCGUAUUCAAAGGUGAAAAGUGCCGAGGAGGAAAACAUUCUAAGGAACGCCUAACAAUUCUUGUCGCCGCCAGCGCUAUGGGAGAAAAAUUGUCUCUAUUUGCUAUUGGCAAAAGCAAGAAACCACAUUGCUUUCGCGGUGUGGCAAACAUUCCCGUAGCUUACGAUGCUAACAGAACUGCUUGGAUGACGAAGCAGUUAUUUGAGCCGUGGCUGAGAAAGUUAAACGCAGAAUGCUUGGCCAGAAAAGAAAAAUUGCGUUGA